GCUAGUUAUAAGUUACUCGGGUUCCUUUUCGUGUAUGAUCAAUGAGUUUGGUCCUAGAAACACCGACUCUGCACCCCUCAAACAACAAGCCAUCCCAUGGGAACUGCAACCACAUCGACGACGCCCGAUCCGUGAAUCUAUUUAGUCAAACAGACAGACAAACCAUUGACAUGGCAUCUGUGAUCACCUUUCCCCGACGCUUCCUCGGCAGGCUACUCGAUGCAGGCCCAGAAACCGUCGGCUCGAUGCAUUAUCCCCACUGGAUCAAUGUCCAACGCUACCGCCGAACGCUGCCUGGGUGUAGAAAGCGUGCUAUCAUUGCUACUUUCGUUCUCGUCAUCCUAGCAUGCAUCAUACAUGCAAGCAACCCUCCGCUCGGAAGCUCCGAGGUCGUCUGGCUCAACCUCACCUCAACCAUUCGAGCCAACACAGCCGAACCCGACGAUCUACGUCACUUCGCCAGCCUAGCCGACAGCUUCGAAGAAGCCGCCCUCGAAGAGCGCAACAUCGCUUCGUUCUGCCAGCGCACUCUCCUCCCCAGCAUCGCAGCGGCGGAGUCGAGAACAAGCAGCUGCAAGCAGCAACUCAACCUCGCGCGGGACAUCCACACACUUUCCUCCCGCGUCGGCAUCUUCGUCAGUAACCUGGAGAAACUUGCAUCUGCUACUGGGCGGUUGCAUCACGCGUCAAAGGGAAUUGAACACCAGGCGCGGAGGCGGCACGACUCGGUGAUGCGGCAAUUGUCUGGCGUCGGCAUGUACACCACCCACGGCCGCGUUCGCGCGCAAGAUGAGCGGGAAUCUUUUCUCAGAGUCGAGAGGCGGCAUCGCGCCAUCAGACAUGUUAAUAGAACUGCGAGAGAGGCGUAUUGGCAAUGGCUGUUGUUGCAGAGAAGAUUGAACGGGAUGGGGCUUAGGGAGGCGAGGGAUAUCGCGAAUGGUAUUAUCGGCCGGUGGUGGAGUACGGCAAAUUCAUGAUGAAGGUGUUGGGCAACAAUAG